UCUUCCUCCCGCCCCCACCAAACCGCCGCCGCCGUCGUCGGAGUUCAUGCAUGUAUAAACACGACCCACCCACCCGGCACGCAUCGAUCGAUCCACCGCACGCAGUCGGCCACUCCUCGCCCUCCAUCUCUCUCUCUCUCUCUCCCACACAUCGCCGGCCGAAGCCAGCCAGCAUGACGGCGAAGGUGGCGGGCGGCCGGAAGCGCGGGGCGGAGGCCUUCUUGGAGGAGGACCCCUUCGCGGCGCUCCCCCCGCCGCUGAACACGAAGAGGGGGCGAUGCUCGCCGUCUGCCGCCGCCGACGUGGCGGAGCUCGGGGUCAGCAUGGACUUCGACCCCGUCGAUGCGCUCCAGCUCAUCUUCCCCGGCGCCGAUCCGCAGCUUCUUCGAGGCUAUUUUGAAGCAUCGGGAAAUGUGUUGGAUGCUGCAAUCAGAGGCUUCAAGGAUCAUUUGGCGUCUGGUUCAGCACCGACCAAUGCUGAUGCGGCCUCAUCUAGAGUGGCAUCUGAUGUGCCGGUGACGAAGAUGAAUAAUGCGACAAACGUCACUGAAUGGGCGGAGCUAAUUGUCAAGGAGAUGUCAGCUGCUUCAGAUUUGAUCGACGCCAAGAAUCGAGCCUCCAGGAUACUCGAAUUGUUCGACAAAUCUGCCGCAAACUGUAACACUCCUGAUGAAAAGCAGAAAAUGCAUGAGGAGCACAAGAUACUGAAGCAGAUGCUGGGAGGCCUGCUUCACCAGAACGGCGUUCUGAAGAGGGCCUUUCUUAUCCAGCACAACAGGCUCAAGGACUACCAGGACAUGGUGCAGGAACGGUCCCAGUUCAAGGAGAUCGUCGACAAGUACCAGCAGCAGAUCAAGGCGCUAGAGGAGAGGAACUAUGUGCUGUCGUUGCAUCUCGCGCAGUCGGAUCACCGGAGUGGCAUAUCGGGGCACCGCAACCCCGACGUCUUCUAGGGGUAGGCGGCUACUGCAUCCUCCGUGAAACUUGGAAGGGAGAGUUUGCCCUAGCCACCUAGAAUUAGGUGAGGAAAUGUGCCAAAAAAAUAUCAUGGGAUAUUUAAAUGUGUGAUUUGUAUUAAAAAUGUUUAGUAUGUAUUUGAAGGCGUUUAUCAUUUUUUUUCCAAAA